CAGGACGGGUGCACGGUACCGUUACACGCGAUCGAAGACAGUAUGGAAUGAUAAUCACAGUACAAAUGUUGAGAUUAAACUAUUGUCAUAGGUAACAUGUGGAAUCCUGUAUCUAGGUGAACUUGAGUGGUGGUAUUGACUAGGGUUUUUUAAGUGACUGAUGUGAAUACUGUCUGUACAUCUGUGUAAUCCACCAUUGCCUCAGCAUGAGUAUCAAGGAGAGGGAUUGUCAGUGAUAUCCGCACGUGUCGAAGACUGUAGCACCUAUAUCAGGUUAUUCCUUACAUAUACCAAAGUAAGAAAAAUACCGAAGGCUGUGAUAAACAGAUUCCAACUUAAGAACAACCUGAUUUCAUUGAUUGAGAGCCAACAUGCCUGCCAACUGGAAACAUGACCUUGCGGUGUUUAUACACGAAUCGUUUGAGGGCAUGUACAAAGACGGACGCCACACGGACGUUGAAAUCAUUGUCGGAGAUAAAACAUUUAAUUGUCACAAGACCGUACUAGCAGCUGUCUCGCCUUAUUUUGACGCUAUGUUUUCCUCGGGAAUGCGCGAAUCGCUAGAUGGGGUUGUAACAUUACACAACAUAGAUAAAGAAAUUUUCGAACGCAUCCUAGACUUCGUUUAUUGUGGAGAAAGAGUAGUAACCGUGGAAAAUGCCCAGGAACUGAUUAAGGCAGCUGCGAUAUUCCAGGUUCGAUAUCUCCACGACAAAUGUGAACAAUUCCUUUUGGAGAAAAUAUGUGCUGAAAAUUGUAUCGGUGCAUGGAAACUGGCCAAGUCACAUGACUGUCCGCAACUGUGUCUGAAGGCCUGGUCAUUGAUAAUGGAACACUUCAAUGACAUAUGCCGGUCUGAGGACUUCACGUGGCUUGAUGUUGACGACAUCAUUUCGAUCAUAACUGACUACCAUUUAAUGGUGGCAAACGAGGAGGUUGUAUGCGAUGCCGUAUUUCGAUGGUAUAACGUCAAACCCCAAGAACGGAAGGAAGAUACAAUUCGUUUAUUUGAGCACCUCCGACUUCCGCUCUUAGGCUCGGAGUAUCUCUUACAUGAAAUUGAGCCAAUGCAAAUUGUAGCGGAAAGUCCUCGCUGUAGGGAGAUCGUUAAAGAAGCCAUCAGUUACCAAAUGCUUUUGGCACGUCGGCCUGAGUUUAAUUCAUCACGGAUUGCCUUCCGACAGUUUUCAAACCUGGAAGAAGUAUUGGUCAUCAUAGGUGGAUACAACGCUGUAGGCGACAAGGUGUCGGACCUGCUAGCGUACAGUUUCCAACAGGAGCGCUGGUGCACGCUCACGCAGCUGCCCAUCGUCUUGGGUCGGGAGUUUGCUACCUGUGCAUACGGAAACGAUAUAUUCGUGUCGGGAGGCUCUCAGCGGCUGGACAUACUACUCCGCUACAGGUCAGAAAAUAAUGACUGGUAUCGAUGCACGUCAUUGAUUCAGGGGCGGCGACGUCAUGCCAUGGUUGCGGUGGGUGGGUCCAUCUACGUCAUCGGUGGCUAUGACGACAAUGUUAAAGAGGAGCUACAUCGAACUUUGUCAUCCGUCGAUGAGUACAACAUUCAAACACGUUCCUGGUCAUCAAUAGGAAGUCUUCAAGUAGCUGUCAGAUCCAUGACAGCAGCAGUAUCCAAGGACAAGAUCCUUGUCUUUGGGGGAAUCCUUCCUGAUGAUAAAGAAACCGAUGCAGUCCAGUGUUUUGAUACGCGACUCGGUGUGACAUGUUUUCUUUCGGGAAUGCCGUCCAAGUGCAAAAUGGCGAAAGCUGUUGUGUUAGAAAAACAAUUAUAUGUCGUGUGUACGGACGGCAGUAUUGUAGAAAUGUCUGAGGACGGUAAGUGUCGGACGAUAGAGACGCUUAGUGCCUUCAGUAGGCGACGGUUCGGACUGGUCCAUCAUAACGGUUCCAUACUGAUCAUUGGAGGAGAGAGCUCCGGCGUUGUACAUCAGGACAUCGUAGCGUUUAGUCCUGAACAGAAGAAUGUUCAGGUCCUUUCGUCUCCCAAACUCCCCUCCAGGGCAAACUUCGGUGGACUCAAAAUAGUCAUCCAGAAGAAGUUCCUCACCAGAGACCAUAGGCGGGAUAGAGAACCUACCCCUAGGCCUCAAGCGAUAUACAAUUAAAGGGUCCAUAAGUGCAAGGAGGAACCUAGUUCCAAAUUCAAGGCAGACGACAAUUAACAAUAUAAUUUUGUGUCUUUCAUAUCAAUAAACUCAAGUAAUCGUGAAUGUGAAACAAUCGUGAACUUGAAAUCUAGUGAGCUUCUUCAAAAAACACGAACAAUAUAACAGCGAUGUUGUAACUACAACAAACAAUAAUGAUAAAAUACAUUUUUUUAGCGCCCUAUAUAGUUUUUAAAACUACUCUAAAGCGCUUCACAGUACAUUUGUAAUACAUGAUGUAGAGUUACAUGAGAUAUAUUAACGUACAUGUUUAAGGCAUAUAAAUCUACACUACAGAGUUUGAAUGCUAUUCGUUGUUAUUUGAGUGACCAUAAUACGACUUAAUAUUCACAAGACUGUUAAUGAUACUUAAUGAAUUUCCAUCUUUCCAGCAUCAUUUCUAUGAACGUAAAUAAAGAAAUACAAGCAUCUGCGCUAAAAGGCUCAAAUGCAGACAAAAACGGGUAAGUUCCAACACCAUUACUGAAUGUGGCGAGGGUUACAUGUAUAUGCCUAAGUGUAGCAGAUGGCAUACUAUGCCACAAAGUAGCAGCUAGCUUUAAUUUCGGAAACACCGUAUUCCGUAGGUCACUUGCAAUGUUUCUUACCUACUAGUUACAGGAUUUUGAAACAGCAUUUACAUAUUUCUCUAUGUGAAAUGAUCUGUCAAAGUGUACCCUUAAAGAUUUCUGUACCGUCCUCUAUCUUUUGAAAGUCUUUUGAAGCUUGGGAGAAACGAAAUUUACCUGUCUUUGCCUAGUUAACGUUUAACAUUUGGGCACUCCCCAAGUAACAUCAAUUCUGUCUGUUAUAUAGAGUGGCUAAUGUAUGACAUUUCACAAUUUCGCUUUGUCGUCCAAUGAAAACAACCAAAUGACAAAAGGAAUUAAUGAAAAGACGAAAAAGCGCCAUAACUGAAUGACGAACAGUAAAAACCCCGCCAUUCGAAAUAGCGAGAUCAUGCCUGCAAUGUGUGUAUAGAUAUAGUCUUGUUUGGAAAUCAGAUGUCUAACACUUUAACCUUGUUUUAGACAAAACAGACAUUCGACCACCACGUCUGCCUUGUCUGGUACUGUGGAGGAGAUUGUAGCCUGUUGGUGAAUAUGUACUUGCUCAUUAAUUCUGUAUUCAUCAGCGUGUGCAAGUUACCAUGUGUCUUUUAUUGGCAGACUAUCAAUGUCUUGAAUAUGGGUGUGCAAUAUAUCCGUUUUAUCAGUACAUUGUGGGAUGGCAGAGUCAAUACAAUAUACCGGUAUGCAAAAUAAAUAACAAUAUACCGCAAGGGUAUCAGGUUUUGUCUACAUUAAUUUUUGGUGCUAAGAAAGAUUAUGUUGUCGAAACAAUUAAACCUGGAUCAAAACUUGCUUAAACACAUUAAUACAGUAUACAGUGUAUUAUCUAUUAAAAUAUUAACACACAAAAAAUAGUUGCAGUAAUUCAAAACAUAUCAUCAGAGGCUAUUUAAUCCUCGACAAUACAUUGCAAUACAUAUCUGUAGUCACACCACAUGAUAGUGUUUACAACACCGGGCCACUUUACGGCAUUAUUUGUCGUAAAGUGUCAUCCGGGUCUUUGCCAAUAGUGAACUAAGGUAUAAGUGUAAGGUAUAUUGUCAUUAUUGUGUAUUAUUGUAGGAUUGGCCUAUUGGUGAGGAUAAGGCAUUUGUUUUUGUAUUAAAAGUUAU